AUGCUUCACAUUCUGUUUCUUUUCUCCCUCAUCCUAACCACCACUCAUGUCCUUGCGCAGGACUUUUGCGUUGCAAACCUGAAGGGAGUCCAAACCCCCUCUGGCUAUGCUUGCAAAACGGAAGCAAAUGUCACAUCUAAGGACUUCGUGUUUACUGGCCUAGGCCUGGAAGGAAACACCUCAAACAUCAUCAAAGCCGCGGUGACCCCUGCAUUUGUGGCUCAAUAUCCAGGGGUGAAUGGGCUAGGCAUAUCUGCUGCACGGUUGGACCUGGCUCCGGGUGGUGUAGUCCCAAUGCAUACUCACCCUGGUGCGACCGAGCUUUUAUACGUAGUGCACGGUCACAUCACUGCUGGCUUCAUUUCUUCAUCCAACAAGGUUUACUUGAGGACACUGAAAAAGGGUGAUAUUAUGGUUUUUCCUCGAGGGUUGUUGCAUUUUCAAGUAACUGCUGGUAAAAGACCAUCGCUUGCUAUAGUUUACUUCAACAGCCCUAACCCCGGUCUCCAGAUCCUUGAUUUUGCUCUGUUUGCCAAUGAUUUGCCUUCGGACUUGGUGGAGAAAACCACAUUCCUUGAUGAUGCUCAAGUCAAGAAGCUUAAGGGUGUUCUUGGUGGCACUGGCUAGGCAUUUUAAACAACUAUCCAUUGUUUAUUUCUUUAAUAUUCAUGUAUUUGUUAUUGGUUUGGACUCGUUUGAUCCAAUUUUUC